UCGGCGGCAGCAGGCGGGCGGGCGGAGAGCGCAAUGCAACCGAGCCGGCGGUGAACUCGGGGUUUGCGGCGAGCAGCGGUGCGUGCAGAGCGGAGACAGAGACGGAGUCUGUCCGGGGCUUUGCAGCACAGACUACAGACUGACAGACGAGAGACUGGGACAGAUCAGGCCCCAGCCGACCCAGCAGUGGACCGAUUACUGUAGAGCCGGGGGAGUGAGUGCUGCCAGGGCCGGGGUCCCCGCUGCACGGACGCACCGCACCGCAACUUGAAGCACUCGGCUGCACCGACUUGUCCGCUCCGCUCCGCUCCGCUGCCCGGGGCAGGGGCCAGGGGACGGGGGACGGGGCGAUGCGACGCCCGGCCGCUGCACCGGGCUCCUGGCUGCGGCCCCGCUCUCAGUGGCUCGUCCUCCCCCUCCUCGUCCUCUCCCUCCUGCGGCCGGCGGCCGGCGCCAGGGUCGAGUGGUUCACGGCCUUCGUCAGCACGGCUUACCUGGACCCCGACUCCAAUGUUACAGUGUCGGCCAACAGCGAGAGCGGCAGGUAUGGUGAUAGUUCUCCCAAAGGUAGCGUUCAAGGAGUGAUUGGGAUACCUAAGAACGCUAGGGACCAGUUGGGAUGUGAUGCCAACACAGAAUAUUUUAUCCCAAGAUCAGGGGAACCGUGGAUAGCUCUGGCAGCAAGGGGAAAUUGUACAUUCAAGGAAAAGAUUUUAAAUGCUGCAAAGAAAAUGGCAAUUGCGGUUGUGAUUUACAAUUUUCUCGGGACUGGCAAUACAACAGUCACCAUGAACCACAUUGGAACUAGAAAUGUUGUUGCUAUCAUGAUUGGCAACACAAAGGGUUUGGAAAUACUGGAAUUAGUGCGUCGAGGUAUCCCAGUGAUAAUGUCCAUAACUGUUGGUUCCCGCCAUGUGGAGGAGUGGAUGAGUUCCCAGUCAGUUGUUUUUGUUAUUAUCGCUUUCAUAACAAUGAUGAUCAUCUCCUUAGCAUGGCUCAUCUUCUACUAUAUUCAGAGAUUUCUAUAUGCGGGAUCGCCGUUUUCAAGCCAGAACAAAAAAAACAAGAAUAACAGGAAAGAAACCAAGAAGGCUAUCGACAAACUUCAGCUUCACACUGUCAGGCAUGGAGAUAGGGAAAUUGAUUUGGACAUUGAAGGCUGUGCUGUGUGCAUUGAAGUGUACAGAUCCCGAGAUGUUGUACGAAUUCUCCCGUGCAAGCAUGUAUUCCAUAGAGUGUGCAUUGAUCCAUGGCUUCUUGAGCAUCAUACCUGUCCAAUGUGCAAACUCGAUGUCAUUAAAGCACUUGGCUUUUAGAUGGAUACAUGUGAAAAUGUUGAAGUAGUUAUCCCAGAGUCGGUACCUGACAAUAUCCCAGUUGGCAAUGCAAAUGUUCCUCUACAAGAUGGAGCUGAAGCAAGCAUGCUCCCUGACUCUCCAACCUUUGAGUCGUUACAGCAUGAUGAUAGACUAACGGAAGAGGACGAAGCUGUAGCCUUAAUUGAAGCAAAUUUAGAAAAUCAAAUAACUAGUGACAGUUCGUCUUGCCCUAUUGGAUGUCCAGAUUCCAGGUGAACACUUCUAAAAUUGGAAAGUGAUGUUCUCUUGAAGCACGAAAGGCCAUUGUGGGUUUUUUGAAGAAAAAUGAAAAUAUUGUAUGCAGUUUGGUGUGUGGAAUGAAAUAUUAAGUCAUGUAUUUUAAUUUAUCGCUUUGCAAUUCUAACUGUUUAAAAUAAUCUUCUCUGUAUAGAACAUUGGGUAAUUUUUCAUGGAGGUGAUGAAAUACAUUGAUCUGGUAACUCAUGGGAUUCCUUUUUAUAUAUUGCAAAAUUCCUGUUCUUCCAGAAUGUAGAUUUGUGAUGCUGGAAUUUAAAAAUCACUGGUUAUAUACGUGUCCAUUUUGUCUUUUUCUUUGUUCUCUCAAGUAUAUUUAUAAAUAUCCUUAUUUGAUCACAUUUUCAAUGGAUUUAUAUUGCCAAUUUGUCAAAUAUGGAUGUCUGGGGAGUUAUUUGUAGCCAGUUGUCAUAUUGUGAUAUUGUCAAUGAUCUUAACCGGACUAGUAACAUAUUUCAGGGAAUUAUCCUGUUCUACCAGUUUGUCCCACUACCGUUCCACGAUGUUUGGUAGAUUUCUCCAAGUGGCCCUUCCAUUUUAUGGAUAUUGUGUGCUAAUUUAGUUCCACCUGUGGCUGCACGGGUUCGCCAUUAAAAUGCACUAAAAAGAUUGAAUAAUUAAACAAAUGUUUGUUAAGCAUUUCAAUUAUGACGAUGGUCAUAAAAGACCAAUAUCAUUGGAUUAAAAUUUCAAAUACCUGCACUUCAAAACUUGUCCGAAUUUACUGGUAAACUUUCCAUUAUUAUAAUAAACCAAUUAACUUUUGAUAAAGCUGCAUUACUGCUUCAUAACAAUGUUAAUACAAUUAUACUACCCAUUAUUGUAGUAUUGUCAAAUUUUAAGGGCAAUUUGAAAUUGGCAAUAUUUUAUAAUUAUGCCAGACCAAUAAGAUCUUGUGCUUCAUUUUAAUGUAAAAGAGCAAUAAAACAAUGUGCCUUAUGAACAUAAAUUUAUAACCAUAAUCUGCAAAAUAUAUCAUUGUGGUAGUAAUUUAUAAAACUGCAUUAAUCUUUGGGACAAAAAUUCAAGAUUUAAAACCAAAUUAAAACAAAAUUGCUCAUUACUGCAUUAUGGAAUAUUAACAGCAUAUGGCAUAUUACAAAAACAUGGAAAUGCAUUAACAUUUUAUCCUGUUCAGUGCAGGUCACUGUUUGCCACCAUUUUAUUUUUAAAGUGAGCCCAUAGAUGCAAGCAGUGAGAUACCAAAAGAGACGGCGUAGUAUCUUCUUUUAUAGUAAAUUAAAUGCCAACAUUGCUUUCUAACAAAAUGUAAGUUGUCAUGAGAAGAUGAACAUUAGGCUACAUACUUGCAGUUCCUUUAGUAGAACUUGCUCUAGUCUGCCAUUUCAUUUAUGUCUGGCUGGCUACAGUUUAAAAUGUUUCUUGUAAAGAUUCUAAGGUCAAUUUGUAAUUUUUUUUAAACGAUGGCAGUGAUGGUGGGGAUUUAAGGCUUUGGAGACCAGGCCAAGUGAAAUUGUGUGCAUGCAAUAAACACAUUCUGAACUGUGUAA